AUGAAUUCUUUGACAAGCCUAUACUCCCCUACGCUUCUGAAUAUCGAUUUUGACUUACUUGUCGACAAUGCGACUAAAAAUCGUAUUGGUCCGAGGCAAAAGCCACCGUCCUCAUAUUGGCGUGUUCCAGACAAGCAACAAUACCUUACAUCAAUAGCCGUGCACGAGUCACAGUCACUAUGUGCUGUUUCAAGUGGAUCGCGCUCCAAUAAUUUGUUCAUUUAUGAAUUGGCACCAAACUCAGGAGUGCCCACACUAACACAUCACCAAACUAUCUCCCUUCCAGAGAUACACUCUUUGUGUUGGGUCUCACCAGCCAGUGAUCUUGGCUCACAUGGCAAUGUGCUUGUUUCAGGUCACAAGGGAGGGCUAGUACAUAUGACACUACUUCCGGACACUCAUUCGUCGGAUGUGCCGGCGGAAAUCCUGAAACGCUUCAACCACUCUAGGCAUUUACCGGCUAGUGCUCCUUCUUUGAGGAUUAAAAACCUGGCUUUGACAAGUGCGAGCUGGUCUACAUUUCCUUCAUCGGGUAUUAUAACACAAUGUGGAGAUCAUUUGUUUCUUUGGGACCCCUCCCGAAGCGACCUUCCCUUGAUCAAACAAAAGCUUCGCGGUGAUAUCACUUCCAUGGACCUAUGUACAACAAGAAACGGAAUCAUGGCCUUCGGUGGACGUAAGGGUGUCUCUAUCCGUGAUUUGCGUGUCAAAGGUGGAAGUGGUUUAUCUCCCCCCGACCCUGCAAAUGAGCAGGCGACCGUGGUAAAGUGGUCACCCCACAACGACAACCUAGUUGCCUCGGUUCACAACCGCAAAGAAAUCAAAGUGUGGGAUAUCCGCGCCAGUGGACCUGCGUCCUCCUAUUCAGGACACUCGGACUGGGUCACAGCAAUUGAGUGGGCCAGAAACGAGCCGACUGAGAUCAUUUCAGCUUCAAACGACGGUACAAUUCGUGUUUGGGAUAUAGUUAAGCCUGACCGCCUAUGUGGUACCAACCAUUCUGUGCGGCAAGAACUGGACUGGGCACCGUCCAAAAACUGGAAAAUGUACCAAAUGCGUCAAUUUAACGAUUUGGAGCUUGACACCCUUGCUCGAAACUUGCUGUCACCAUCACAGCCAAUGAUUUCACAAAACAGACACUUCACUGCGAUGAAGCUUGCAUCAAGAGGUGCAGUUUCCAUCGACAGCGAGGGGUAUUUUGGAUAUCACUGCCUACACAACGAACUUUACAGCCCGGUGCUGGCGCCGUCAGAAUCUGAUACCAGUGAUGGUGACUUUUUACCCCCCUUAUCACCAACAUAA